CUUUUUGAGACAAUUCAAUUCAACUCUCAGCUUUCAGCCCUGAGUCUUUUUUCAUAACGCGUCGCGCCUUUGAUCGGCCCCACACUUAAACCCUUACUCUAUGUACCUAAGCCUUUGAUAAAUCUCCAUCUUCAGAAUUGUUGUAUCUGGAUUUUUAGCGGCAUCACCCGUCAACUGUACAAUGGAGUCGACUUCAACACCCCGCAUCUCCGCGGCCCUCAUGGAUUCGUACAUUGGCCACAACGUCAUAAUCGUUGGCAAGGUUACCCAACUCCGUGGUGACAUUGCUUUUAUUGAGGCUGACGGACAAGUCCAAGCCAACCUCACCAGGGAUUGUCACCUCAUGGUUGGAAAUGGAGCUCAGGUUAUCGGCAAGGUGAAUCCAGACCUGUCUAUUAAAGUGCUGAACGCCGUAGAUCUCGGCUCUAACGUUGAUUUCCAAAUAUGCCAGAACGUCGUUGACGUUACACACCAGUUUAAGGGUAUCUUCGUGUAUCCGGAACGAGGCGGCAUGAACUGACGUUUCGCACGUGGACGCGUGUCUCUGGGAUGGCCGGCUGGUUCACAGCAGCAGCAGUCUUCGUCUCAGCAGUCCCAAUC